AUGUUCAUUUCACCUCACACAUAUGGAAUAGUUUCUGUUGAUCAGGAGGGCCUGAGCAAGUUGAGUCUAAACCACUUCCUUGACAAGGAUGUGGACCUCGGGAAGUUCUACAGCCGGGAGGAGCUCACCAGGAUGUCCUUUGCAGAGCAGCAGCGACUGAAAAACAUCUCACAAAACUACGAGAUUAUGCUUUACAUGGGCCUGCCUGCAAUCAAGCCAGAUUUCAUGAAGGGUGGGACAAACCGUUCACGCAAAGCUAAGGAGUCAAUAAUGCCAGAGAAGUGUGACUUUGAUGCCGUGGUGGACUUUGCCAAGUCUGACUCUGACAGCGAUGAAGAAUGGACCCCUGAUAUGGAGAGGAAGAAAAGAGCCAAGGAAGCAGCGGAGAAGGGGCGAGUUCCACGUUUCAUGAGACCAGCGAAGAGGAAGAUGGAUGAGAGUGGGGAUGCUAGGGAGCCUUUGGGGGAAAAGCGGCAGAAAACAACAGACACUGCUUCCGAUAGUGAUAACAUGGACAGGAAGGAGUACAAUCUAAGGGAGAGAACUGCAGCCAACUGUAUGAACCUGGAGCCUCCAGAUGAUGACCACUUUCUGUUCUGUGAGGAGUGUAACAAAGAAUAUCAUGGAGACUGUCCUAUCCAUGGACCUCUCACCUUCGUACCUGAUAAACAGGCCCCAGAGCAAGCCCCAGACAGGGCAGACCAGACACUGCCUGCCGGGUUUCAGAUCAGGGUCUCCAGCAUCCCAGGGGCAGGGAUGGGUGUGUUUGCUACCAGAGAGGUUCCAGCAAGGACUAUGUUUGGGCCAUAUGGUGGCGUGAAGGUUCUCGAUGCUGACCAGGCUCACAGCUCAGGCUACUGCUGGCAGAUCUACAAGGAAGGGAUACCAAGCCAUUUCGUAGAUGCAAAGGACAAGGCCACCUCAAACUGGAUGAGAUAUGUGAAUUGUGCUAACACAGAGGACCAGCAGAAUCUUGUAGCAUUCCAAUACCAGGGUGGAAUAUAUUACAGGUCCUUCAAGACCAUAAUACCAGGUAUUGAGCUGUUAGUGUGGUACGGAGAUGAGUAUGCCAGAGAGCUGGGCCUAGUCAGAGACAAGAACCUCCUUUUCAGGCCAAAACAGACACCGAACGGGGUGUGUUACCCCUGUGUAUUUUGCAAGGUAGCCUUUUCUUCUGCUGUUUGCUGUGUGAGACAUCUAAGGAUAUCUCAUGGUUGUGAUAAACUCAGUCAAGAUGAUCUACAGCAGCUGGACCAGUGGCUGAGACAAAAUGACAGAGAACAGUAUCAGCAAAAUUAUAGAAAUAGGUCAAAAACAGAGAUAACACCAAUUUCACUAAGGGAAACCUCUUCCAUAGAAACUUGGGAAAACAUCAACAAUACUAAGUUUGCUUACAAUGAGCAAUUAGAGAAAAAAAUAACAUAUAAGAAGAGGCCUUACAAGUGUGAAACAUGUGGAGCAGCAUUUACAGGGAAUGGUGAUUUACAGAAACACAUGAGAAUACACACAGGAGAGAAGCCAUACAAGUAUGAGACAUGUGGAGCAGCAUUUACACAGGCUAACAGUUUACAGGCACACAUGAGAAUACACACAGGAGAGAAGCCAUUCAAGUGUGAGACGUGUGGAGCAGCAUUUACACAGGCUAACAGUUUACAGAAACACAUGAGAAUACACACAGGAGAGAAGCCAUACAAGUGUAAGACAUGUGGAGCAGCAUUUACACGGGCUGACCAUUUACAGGGGCACAUGAGAAUACACACAGGAGAGAAGCCAUUCAAGUGUGAGACAUGUGGAGCAGCAUUUACACAGGCUGACCAUUUACAGGGGCACAUGAGAAUACACACAGGAGAGAAGCCAUUCAAGUGUGAGACAUGUGGAGCAGCAUUUAAACAUUCUUGCAAUUUACAGACGCACAUGAGAAUACACACAGGAGAGAAGCCAUACAAGUGUAAGACGUGUGGAGCAGCAUUUACACAGAAAGGUGAUUUACAGAAACACAUGAGAAUACACACAGGAGAGAAGCCAUUCAAGUGUGAGACAUGUGGAGCAGCAUUUACACAGGCUCACCAUUUACAUGGGCACAUGAGAAUACACACAGGAGAGAAGCCAUUCAAGUGUGAGACAUGUGGAGCAGCAUUUACACAGGCUAACAGUUUACAGGCACACAUGAGAAGACACACAGGAGAGAAGCCAUACAAGUGUGAAACAUGUGGAGCAGCAUUUACACAGGCUCCCAAUUUACAGGCACACAUGAGAAUACACACAGGAGAGAAGCCAUACAAGUGUGAAACAUGUGGAGCAGCAUUUACACAGGCUCCCAAUUUACAGGCACACAUGAGAAGACACACAGGAGAGAAGCCAUACAAGUGUGAGACAUGUGGAGCAGCAUUUACACAUGCUAACAGUUUACAGGCACACAUGAGAAGACACACAGGAGAGAAGCCAUACAAGUGUGAGACAUGUGGAGCAGCAUUUACACAUGCUAACAGUUUACAGGCACACAUGAGAAGACACACAGGAGAGAAGCCAUACAAGUGUGAGACAUGUGGAGCAGCAUUUACACGGGCUGACCAUUUACAGGGGCACAUGAGAAUACACACAGGAGAGAAGCCAUACAAGUGUGAGACAUGUGGAGCAGCAUUUACACAUGCUAACAGUUUACAGGCACACAUGAGAAGACACACAGGAGAGAAGCCAUACAAGUGUGAGACAUGUGGAGCAGCAUUUGCAGACAGUAGUUCAUUCUGUAAACACAGGAGAUUACACACAUGA